AUGGACGUGUUUCCUGACACGAUCAUCUACAACAACCCUUACUGUCUGUUUAGUUUUGAAAACACAAGAUACAAUCCAAUCAUGUGCAUGGACCGAGCUGUGGCGAUGAAGCUUAAACGUUCACUCCAAACCAGUCACCCUCAUCUCCUUUCACCCUCCCCUACAAACCAGUCACUUCAAACCAGUCACUCUCAUCUCCUUUCACCCUCCCCUACAAACCAGUCACUCCAAACCAGUCACUCUCAUCUCCUUUCACCCUCCCCUACAAACCAGUCACUCCAAACCAGUCACUCUCAUCUCCUUUCACCCUCCCCUCCAAACCAGUCACUCUCAUCUCCUUUCACCCACCCCUCCAAACCAGUCACUCUCAUCUCCUUUCACCCUCCCCUACAAACUAGUCACUUCAAAUCAGUCAUUACUCAUCACCUUUCACUCUCCCCUCCAAACCACUCACUACUCAUCACCUUUCAACAUCCCUUCGAAACCAGCCACUACUCAUCUCCUUUCACCCUCCCCUCCAAACCAGUCACUACUCAUCUCCUUUCACCCUCCCCUCCAAACCAGUCACUCUCAUCUCCUUUCACCCUCCGCUACAAACCAGUCACUUCAAAUCAGUCAUUACUCAUCACCUUUCACUCUCCCCUCCAAACCACUCACUACUCAUCACCUUUCAACAUCCCUUCAAAACCAGCCACUACUCAUCUCCUUUCACUCUCCCCUCAAAACCAGUCACUACUCCUCUCCUUUCACUCUCCCCUCCAAAGCAGUCACUACUCAUCACCUUUCAACAUCCCCUCCAAACAAGUCAUUACUCAUCACAUUUUACCCUCCCCUCCAAACCAGUCACUGCUCAUCACCUUUCAACCUCCCCUCCUACCCAGUCACUACUCAUCACCUUUCGCCGUCCCUUCCAAACCAAUCACUAUUCAUCUCCUUUCAUCCAUACCUCCAACACAGUCAUUACUCAUCUCCUUUCAUCCAUCCUUCCAACCCAGUCAUUACUCAUAUGCUUUUAUCCAUCCCUCGUACCCAGUCAUUACUCAUUUGCUUUAA